GUUUAUAACGAUAACAUAAAAAUGCAAUCCUUAUUUGACGUAUUCUGCUCUGAAACUUUGUCCAUAUUUACAGGGCUUUCCCUGUUCCUACGGCCUCCAUUACUGACAAGUUUAAAACGCAUAACAAGAUUUCUGUUUCGGUAACAUUGGCAUUGAUUGAGCAAUGGCAAGCACCCUCGCGCGGUCCACUCUUAGAACUGCCUUACGAGGAAGCCCUCGUGCCACACCCCCUCCCAAGCGAAAUUUCUCUUCUUCUCCUCAUCACGAUGAUGCAUAUGAGACGGCCAAGUGGGAGAAGAUUACGUAUCUAGGCAUGGCUACAUGCUCAGGUUUAGCUUUUUAUAUUCUUUCAAAAGGCCACCCGCACCAUGAAGAACCUCCUCCAUACCCAUAUUUGCAUAUCCGCAACAAGGAAUUUCCAUGGGGUCCAAAUGGGCUUUUCGAGGUUAAGGACCACCACUAGGAGGAGCAUUCGAUUAUUGGAUUUCGACAACCGAGUGAGGUAUUUGAAGGCAGCAGGCAAUAGCCUAUUUCUUGUCAACGUUUCAAGGAAAACACUGAUGGUAGUUUCGUAUUAUUUUAUGGAACUGUUAUCUACAACUAGCACUUGACUAUAUGGUCUUUCUUAUUUAAUUCAAUUUGUUUGGUUUAAUUUGUUGAAAUUGAAACAUAAUAAAACGGGUACCAUACUUUGUACUUUUUCUCUCACUACUUGGUCAAUUCAUUCUGCCUCAAUUUUAGCUUCUUCAAUGAAUCUGCUAAUAUUUUGGAAGUACUUAAAAUAUAAUGUAAAUGAUAUAACAAAAAAAGCUUAUAAAAAAAUCUGACCGGAACAUUGCACAAAUGAAUUUUCUUCGUGAAAGUAUAAGAUGUUGAGAAAGCGACUUGCCGUUUUAGCCUGCAUUAGCUAUUAUAGCUAAAUUGUCGUUUUAUGUUAUGUUAGCUGCCGAGUAGCCAUCAAGGUAGUGAAAGGCCAACUGUCUAAGCUAUUAAGUGGUCUUUACAAUCAAAUUCGGGUAUGUUUGGUUUAAUUUUCAAGUGAAAAAGAUUAAGUUGAAAGAAAAAUCCUGUCACAUCUUUUUUGUUCUACUUAGAGAUAAUAUCUUGCUAGUUGCUAUGUGCUAGUCUUCAAUACCAAUUAUGCUCGGACCCAUUCAUAAAGUCACUGGUUGUUGUUACUUCGGGUUUAAGAUCGCUGUCUAGUAAUAGUAAUACCAAUGCCUCGUGAGAUAAGAAUGUUGUUUAGUGUUUCCUUUUUGUAAGGUGAAAAAAGCUGAAAGAGUUCAUACUCAUAGACUACAUAUUUUGAAGCAGCAGAAAUAAAGCAAAUUGAUAUCUUCUGUGGACAAUCUUGCCAAUGCAAAUUGCAAUUAGCAAUGAUCAAAUAUAGAAAACAAAAAUUUGAUACAUAUUGGUCACGUAAGGAAAUCAAAAGAAUUACUAGGAUUACAAGAAGAAAGCAGAGGAUACAAUUCAUUUAUUUAAAUUACCAUUUUGCAGCAGUGACAUCAUACCUCCCUUAUUUCUGUAUUUGUUCCUGGAAUGGUUCCCAUAUCUAUGCCGCGCUCUGAGAGUUUGAAGAAUCAGAGUUGCCUUGAUCAUUCUGCUGAGAG